GUUAAACUCGAAAAGGUACAAACUUUUAUCCUCUCUUCUUCUUCUUCUAAACACAAGCUUACAAAUGGAGUGGCCAUGGUCGGCCAUCGCUUCUCCUUCAUCUUCUCGUUGCUUCUCUCCAUCUCUCACCUAUUGCUUGUCUCUUACUACACGAACAAGUUUGAAUUGUGCAAACGCUUCGAUUAAACCUUUGCGACAGAGCAGAUUCGACUACUCGAAGCACAAUCUGAUCACCAAACGUCGAUUCCAUGGAGAUUCCAUCGUUAGGAGAAGCACAACAAGCAACAAAAACGCAGAGGAGACUGGGACAUCUUCACCUCCGUCUUUAGAUUGCGUGGGAAUGGGAUCAGACGUGGAGUGCGUCUACAACGGAGAAGAAGAAGACAACGAGGAGAGGAGCUCAGGUAUCUUGAGCGGAGGAGACGGAUCGUUUCUCGAGUGGACGGUUCUGAUCUCUCCCUUCUUUUUCUGGGGGACGGCGAUGGUGGCGAUGAAGGAAGUGUUGCCGAUAACCGGUCCUUUCUUCGUCGCUGCUUUCCGGUUAAUUCCCGCCGGUUUGCUGCUUGUUGCGUUUGCGCUUUACAGAGGGAGGCCUUUGCCUAAGGGGUUCGAUGCUUGGCUCUCUAUUGCUCUCUUUGCUCUUGUCGACGCUACUUGUUUCCAGGGCUUUCUUGCUCAAGGAUUACAGAGGACUUCUGCUGGUUUAGGAAGUGUUAUAAUUGAUUCUCAGCCACUGACUGUAGCUGUAUUAGCAUCUUUCUUGUUUGGUGAGUCCAUUGGAGUAGUGAGAGCUGGAGGUUUGGUUCUUGGUGUUGCUGGACUUUUGCUUCUUGAGCUUCCAUCAGUUACCUCAGAUGGUAAUAGCUUUUCUUUGUGGGGAAGUGGAGAGUGGUGGAUGCUUCUUGCAGCUCAGAGCAUGGCUAUUGGCACCGUGAUGGUUCGAUGGGUCUCAAAAUACUCUGAUCCUAUCAUGGCAACCGGCUGGCAUAUGGUUAUCGGUGGCCUUCCUCUUCUUGCUAUAUCCGUUAUAAACAAUGACCCAGUUUUCAACGGCAGUCUUCAAGAACUAUCCACAAAUGAUAUCAUAGCACUUCUCUACACAUCUAUAUUUGGCAGUGCGGUUAGCUACGGUGUUUACUUCUACAGCGCUACUAAAGGAAGCUUGACUAAACUCAGCUCACUCACCUUCUUGACACCAAUGUUUGCAUCGAUCUUUGGGUAUCUAUACCUUGAUGAGACUUUCUCUUCACUGCAACUGGUUGGAGCAGCCGUCACUUUGGUCGCUAUAUACUUGGUCAACUUUCCAGAAGGCAACGAUCGAUAAACACACUCAGUUUUCAAAGCUUCUUAUGAAUGUUAAAACAUUACAUUUGUAUAUAUAUAAUAAAGUGAAUAAUCAUAGGCCAGUGUUAAACCUUAAGUCAACGUUUUAUAUUAACAUUAGAAAUGACGUUUGCACAAGUCGAUAAAACAUGAAGCACCA